CCCACACUUGGCGCGUUUUCAUUCAUUACAGUUCGUCACUUCCGCUGGCAGGAGGCUUCAUCCGUGUGGAAGAGAAAGAAGCGUCGAGAGUCAGGAGACAGCUUACGAACGGGCAGUCUUGCCGUAAUAUAAAUUGAUUGAAAAGAAUCUCAAUCAGGAAGAUAUGAGUGACAACGAGAAGGAUUUCGUUGAGCGGGAGUCCCGCUCGGCCUCCAGGAGCGUGAGCGCGCGGGGGUCGGCUAAGUCUGGCAGCCGCUCCCCGGCCCAGUCCCCCGCCCCGUCCAAGGAGGGGUCCCGGCACUCCCGCUCCAAGUCUCGGUCCCGUUCCAGGUCCAAGUCUAGGUCCCGCUCCCACCGGAGCUCCCGGCGGCACUAUUCCCGCUCGCGCUCCCGCUCCCACCGCCGGCGUUCCCGGAGCCGCUCCUACAGCGGGGAAUACCGCCGGAGACGCAGCCGGAGCCACUCCCACUCGCCCAUGUCCAACCGCCGGCGCCACGUCGGGAACCGGGCCAACCCGGACCCCAACUGCUGCCUGGGCGUGUUCGGGCUGAGCCUGUACACCACGGAGAGGGACCUGCGGGAGGUGUUCUCCAAGUACGGGCCGCUGAGCGACGUCAGCAUCGUGUACGACCAGCAGUCCCGCCGCUCCCGCGGCUUCUCCUUCGUCUACUUCGAGAACCGCGAGGACGCCAAGGAGGCUAAGGAGCGUGCCAACGGAAUGGAGUUGGACGGUCGGAGGAUCAGAGUGGACUUCUCGAUCACGAAGAGGCCACACACCCCCACGCCAGGCAUCUACAUGGGACGGCCGACCUAUGGCGGCGGCGGAGGAGGAGGUGGGGGAGGAGGUGGCGGAGGAGGUGGCAGCAGCGGAGGAGGACCCAGCGCUAGCCGCCGCUACUCCCGGGAUUACUACGACCGCGGGUACGACCGCGGGUACGAUCGCUACGACGACCGCGACUACUACAGAUCUUACCGACGCAGAUCCCCCUCUCCGUAUUACAGCCGCGGGGCCUACAGAUCCAGGUCUCGAUCGCGCUCCUACUCUCCCCGUCAUUACUGAAGAGUUCAACGUUUGGAAGUUCCUUCACUGAAGACGUCUGCGAUUGGUUGGAGGGGGUGGCGGGGGGGCGGUGCCUGG